AUGCCGGACGACUUCAAGCCAUGGGCGAUAGUCGUGGGCGCUGGACCGUCUGGUCUGCUCCUCGCCCUCAUGCUAGCAAAGCGCAACAUCCCAGUCCUCGUUCUUGAAGGCUCAGCAGUUCUAGACGACUCACCUCGCGCUGCAUACUACGGUCCUCCAGCAGUACAAGAGCUUGGCCGAGCAGGCGUGCUGGAGGAAAUCCGCGCUCAAGGCUUCGACCCGAUCAUCACUUGUUGGCGAAAACUGGAUGGGACAUAUCUUGCUGGUUGGGAUUGCUCAGUGGUCAAGGACGACUUCGACAGGCUAGCGUGUAUGCCGCUUGCACAAUUGGAUCAGUUGCUCUACCGACAUGCCACCGCUCAGCCGAAUGUGAAGGUGCUAUUCAACCACAAAUGUGUAGACGUUGUGCAGGACGAGGACAAGGCGUGGGUGGAGGCAGAAACAGAAGAGGGAAUCAAGCGGUUCGAGGCCCAGUAUGUCAUUGGCUGUGACGGAGCAUCAAGCACGGUGCGAAAGAAGAUGUUCCCAGGAGAGCGAGGGUCUGACUUCCCCGGCUGGACUUGGGACAAGCAGGUCGUUGCAACCAAUGUCCGCUACCCAUUCGAGAAACUCGGCUACGAAGAUGUCCAAUUCAUCAUUCACCCCGAGCACUGGCACAUGGUCGCCCGACUCACGAAAGAAGCAGAUGGAUCCGGCUGGUGGCGGUGCAGUUACGGCGAGCUCUCCGGCCUGACACGCGAAGAGCUGAUCGCCAGGCAACCAAUGAAGUUCGAAGCCAUGCUGCCGGGUCGGCCUAAGCCAGGCGAAUACGAGCUUGCUGCCAUCAAUCCUUACAAGAUUCACCAAAGACUCGUCGAGAAGUUGAGGAUUGGCAGGAUUUGUUUAGCUGCUGAUGCGGCGCAUCUAUGCAACCCCUUCGGCGGCCUCGGCCUCACCGGCGGCAUUGUCGACGUCGGCUCCCUCUACGACUGCCUCGCCGGCAUCUACGAGAACAAAGCCGACCCCUCCAUCCUCGACCUCUACUCAGACGUUCGCCGCGAAAAGUACAAGACGAUCGUGGAUGUGGUCUCGCAGAGCAACAUCAGGAGAUUGUUUGAUCAGGAUCCGGAUAAGGCGCUGGAGAAUGAUGAGUUCUUGAGGACGUUGAAGGAAAAUGAGGGCAAUGUGGAGAAGCAGAGGGAGCUGUUGAGGGCGAGUCGUGCGCUGACUUAUGAUUUCACGCAGCAUUACAAGACUGCCACGAAGCCGGAAGAGAGGGUAAAUGAGAAGGUGCCAGAGAUGGCAGUGCAGGCUGUUGGUGUCGAGGCUGCUUGA